AUGUCGAUCUCAUGCUCACGCAGCUUGGCCGACAUCCGUGCUGAACAGGCUGAUAACUUGGAUCGUCUCCGAUCAACGCUUGAGACGAUGAAUUUGAAGGAUCUAGUACCGAUCCUUGUUGCAAGGAAUGUCCUAAAAUCGUACGAGAUGGGUGCUGUAUACGCUAAGGAAUCUACUCAAGCGCAAGUUGACGCAUUGAUUUGUUUGUUAAAAACGAAAAAUCACUGGGUUGGACCGAUGACUGACGCACUCAUCAGGAAUGGACAGGUGAGGAGGCUCUUGACACGCAGA